AUGGCCGAGGCUGGCCUGUCCCGCGCCACCUUUGCGAAGCUUUCGCCGCACCCAUAUCUACUCGCCAACCUCGAGCCCUCCAACGAAGACGUUCCACCGGCGCGAAGCAAUGGCCGCGCCCCAGACGAAGCCCGCAUGCCUGAAGUCAAUCUAUCAUCGCUUUCGCAUGCUCAUGGCAGCUCUCUGGUGAGAAUUGGCGACACGACAGCCAUCUGUGGCGUCCGCGCCGAAUCCAUCUUGACGACCAAUAUUCCCAACUACCGCGCCUCCAAUACCGAGUCCGAGCUGCGCGACUACGACUUGCUCGUCCCCAAUAUUGAACUAGCGACCGGUUCCUCUCCUCAAAACCUGCCUGGUGGCCCGCCUUCGACGCUGGCUCAGACUCUCAGCACAAGAGUCUACUCGUUACUUCACAGCUCCAAGCUCCUCGAUGCGUCCGACUUUCGCAUAUGGCAUACACAAACGGCAGACCCGACAACGGCUGAUGACGAGGAGAUGAAGGACGCGGAUGGCGAAAACGAUGAUCAAUUUGGCGAUGAGCGCCAGGUCAUUGCCUACUGGGUGCUCUACAUUGAUAUUUUCUUCAUCUCGCUGGACGGAAACCAGUUUGACGCCGCGUGGGCUGCUACGCUAGCUGCUCUGCGCGAUACAAAGCUGCCGCAAGCUCGCUACGAUCCGGACAGGGAACUAGUCGUCUGCUCCCGAAAGAACCCCAAGCCGCUCUCAAUCAAUGGCUUCCCCAUUGCCUGCACGGCGGCCGUCUUCACCGGCAAGGAAACAGACCGCCCGACCGAGGGCAAGUACUGGGUGCUGGUCGACCCUGAUACGUUGGAGGAGUCGCUCUGCGACGAGAGCCUUACGGUAGUGGCAGACUGCACGGGGGGGACUACGGCCAUACUGUCCAUUUCGAAACACGGCGGCACCGUGCUGACGCCGAAGCAUCUACGGUCCAAACAGCUACUUGGCUUUGUCGAGAAGCGGUGGAAGGGAUUUGCCGAUGUUAUGGCAGUGUAG